CUAGGAUCGAAACGCGCGUAGUUUGGGCUUGGUGACACGACUGCAAACUUGGUUGUGCCUGUGUUUCCGAGACAGAUAUCGACUUAAGAUCAUUGAUUUGUACAUAAAUUUGAUGGGAUCUAAAACAACUUGCUUUAGCGGUCUCGGAUUUCCCUAUCCUUUAUAUGUUGUUGACGUUCUUGAUCGGAACUCUUUGGUUGUAGCUGGUGGUGGUGGUGCAGUAAAAACAGGUGUUCCUAAUCGGAUAGAUAUCAUCAAUCUCUACCGCAAUAGUCAAGAUGCCCCUACUCCUGUCGACGUACAGCAAUCUGGUGGUUUGGACACUGGCACAGAAGCUGUUAUGAGUUUGACUGUCAUUAAUCCUGGUGACGGUGGUUUUAUUGCCAGUUUAGAGGGUCAAAAGUGUGUAGAAUAUGUUGUACAAUCAAAAGUGAAUCCUGUCACCUCUUCGGAAAAGUUAUUACCUGUUGAAAACAAGGCUUCUGAAGAUGGCUUAGAAGAAACACACCUACGUCAUAGAUCAGGAAAGCAUUGUAAAGAGGAUAAAGAUUCUGAAUUGAAAACAACACCUACCGCAAAGGAGAAGACAUCUAAUAAGCACGAUAAAAAAUACAAUCUCAAUGAACCAAUACCUUUGGAAUGGGAAUUAACCAAAGUUCGUGAAUACACCCUCAUGGAACAGAUAUCUCGUUCAGCUGACGAUUCCGGCUCUGAAUCACCAUCGGGAUCUGCUACGAAAAGUCUGUCAGGAAUGCCUACAUGUGUUACACACGGUGGACCUGCUGGUACAUGGUUAGCUGUUGGCUCUGAUAAUGGCUCUGUUUUUCUAAUCAAUCGUUAUACUCAACAAAAUUGUUCUCUAAAUGAUAAACAAUUAGGUGACAAUUCAAGUCAGUCAUUAAUUCUAUAUCCGGAUGUUAGUGGCGGUUUAUCAACUGGUGUUUGUAGUAUGGCUUUUUCACAUACCUAUACCUAUAAACAAGAUAAUUCCACCUCUUAUCCUUUAUUGGCUACAAUAUGUGAUCGACCUGAUUGGAGUACAUUACGAGUAUGGUGUAUCAAUAGUAAUAAUCAUCAUCAUCAGAAUCAUAGUUCAAAAUCAUUUCCACUUUCAAAUGAUAUUAAAACAAAACAUUCAACAUUCAAUGCUCAACAACAACAACAACCGAUCAAAUUAAAAACUGCCAUUUCAAAACGAACUACUAAUCAUGAACGAGGUGUUCGUAUGAAAACUUUCUUGGCAAAUUUCAAUCAUGAUAAUAACAAUAAUAAUCAUAAUCAUAAUAAUAAUAAUUCACUUAAAAUUCAAGAUGAAAUUUUAUUUAGUCAAUCAAUGGAAAAGUAUCCGUAUGCUAUUGCUACUUAUAGUUCAUCAUCAUCAUCAUCCAGUGGGGGUACUUCAUCAACAACACCACCACCUUCACCAACGAAUAAAGCAGCGGCAACUUCAGCAUCAGCAGCAGGAGUAGUAACAUCAGAACGUUCAUCUGAUCGUUCUCAUUAUCGUUUUAGACAUUGUCAAUUUAUGAAAUAUUCACCCAAUUCUUCAAUUUCAUCAAAUCACCUAUCGUCAUCGUCAUCAUCAUCAUCAUCUCUGGAAGGUUUAAAGAUUAGUAAAAAUCCUACUGUUGAAUCUAUGCUUGUCACAACAAUUCAACCAUUGUGUGCUAAUCGUCGAAGUUUUAGUCGUUUAGUUGUAUGGUCAGUACCGCAUCCUUCAGAGACGGUAACCUGUGAUUCAUCUUCAUCGUUAUCAUUAUCAAAUAAUCAUAUUAAAAUGUAUCAACCAAUUCAGUUGAAUAUUUUUGCAGAAACUACUUUUCCUCAAGGACAUUUACCUGCUUGUCUAGCUGUUCAUCCAAGUCGAUCACGUGGUUUAAUUGGAGUCGGAACUAUGGAAGGACGUGUUGAUGUGUAUUUUUUAUCACCAACAAAUCAUUGUUUAUUGAAUAUUUACACCCUAAACAAUGCACAUCCAAUAUUUGUUACGGCAUUAACUUUUCUACGUGAAGAUAAUGCAUGUUUGCCAGUGAGAAGAACAACAAUGGAAAAAUUCCAAUCAUUGAACACUUUAAAAUCGGAUUCAUUCGAUUUGGUUAGUGUUAGUGUUGAUCGUCUUGUGAAAUGGCAUCAUGGUCCAACGUAUACAACUGUUGGUAAAUUGUCACGUGGUCUAAUCAAUUCAACGUAUCACAAUACUACUACUACUACUGCUACUAUUAAUUGGCUAAGAACUUUUAUCCAUCCUCGAAUGUUGACUCAAUUAAUUUGGCUAUUCAUUAUAUUAUUUCUACCCUUAUUAAUGGUAUUUCUUGAGACUGUAUUGUCUAAAUUUUAAAAUUCUUCUACUGUUACUACUAGUUUCCCCUUUUUUCAUUUAUUAUUGCCCUCCCUGUUGGUGUUACGGUUUCUAUGUUUGUUUCAUGUGUGCGGCCGUCCUCACUCUCUCUUUCUAUCUCUCCAUCAUAGUGUAUUUGUAUACAUCAAAGAAUAUAUAAAUAUUUAUAUAUAUAUAUACAUGUAUAUUUUAUCGCGUUCAGUUUACAGUGUAUGAAAUAACCGUCAUGUCUUUCAUGAAUUCAAUUCAUCUAAUCUCCUUUUACUGUAGUAAACAGUUCAUCAAAAAAAAAAACAAUUAUUUGUAAUCUUCUCUUAUCUUCUGUUGUAAUUAUCGCCUCUAAUCUAAUCUAAUCUAAUAAUAUACAUGUAUGUAUGUACAAUGUGUUCAAUUGUGAGUUGUCACAAUUAUUGAACAAGAAUUUCAAUUGAUCACUAAUUAAUUAACACAUUCAAUUGGGUUAUUCUUCUUAAAUUCUGUUCAGAUUAUUAUUAUUAUUAUAAUU